UGCCAAGAGGCCCCUCAUGACUGGCUUAGCUGGUUGUAUCUCAAAUGACAUCUGGUGUUCCUCUGUCUCCCUCUGCAUUCCCAUGCACUGUUACAUCAGCUAUAGAUGGCUAAAGUGGAGGCAGGAGCAGACUCAGCAUUUCCUGGCUGCUCCCAUGGUUAGGCAGUGGGGCAGCAGAGGCUGUUUCUGACCUGGGCCAUUGGGCUGGUUGCUGGGCCUCAUUUUCAGACUGUUUGAAAGCAGUAUGUUGUCACUGCUUUCAGAGUUUGAGAGCUACAAAUCCCACAGACCUACUGGUAAGGGUGUACCUGCCUUCUGUUGUAAGCAGAAUGCCCUGACCUUCCUGGGCUGUUGGCACUGAUAGCUGUGGCUGUGUCAACUUCCAUCAGCAGCACAGCUGAUCCUGCAGCUAUGACUAGAAAAUACAUUCCUUCUUCCACCUCCAGGUGGGGCUUCUGACCACAGGGAGCAAGACUGAAACCUGCAGUGGGAUGUCCAGCCCUGCAGACAGCUCAGCUCCUGGGGAUUACAUCAGCAGGGUCUUCUCAGAAAAAAUGUGCCCAUGUCCCACAGUGUCUUUGCAGGGAAGCACUGCCUGGUUUUGUAUCCUCACUCAACUUACACACUACUUUUUUGGCAAUUUAGUGACCCAACAGCCAUCAGGAUUAGUUGCGUAAAGAGAAAUGAAAUUGAAUAAAUCGAUUAAAUCAAGAUUGGCAACAGCAAAGCAAACCUCAGCAACAAAAACAGCACUUGAUCAAGUGCCUGGUGCCCCAGCCCCAGCUCACAGCCACAGGCUCCUGCUUAGAUUUAGGCAUGUGAGUAGGAACCUCUCCAUUUGAAGUGAGUGCAUGUAGACUUUGCCAGGUCAGGAGACCCAGCUUCAGAGCCUGGGAAAGGUGGAUCACUGCUGCUGAUUCAUUUAGGCUCUGGGGUAACAGCAACAGUGUGGAGCAGCAGCACUUCUUAAAAUAAAUUUGACACCAGAUUGCAAAGAGCUUUAUUGUCAGCAUCCUAUAAAGUUCCUUCUGUUGCUCAGAGAUCUUGCUGUGUUUUAUGUGAGCAUGUGUUUGUUUUUCAAAAAGUCCUUUGAACAUUUGGCUCAUAUCCUUGACAGACACAGCUCUCCAUCACAUCACUGACCCCAGGGUGCUGAACCAGUGCUUCAGACAACCACUGACUGGUUCAGCACUGAUCCAGUGGGCCAAGUGCUGUGCUCACUGCUCUCUGUUCAUGGCUUGUGCAGUUCUUAUGGAGUAGAGAUGAGGUUUUGCCAGAGGAGCAGGGAUGCUGGGGACACUACAUUUAGUCCUGUUUGAUGGAAAAGCUCCCUGGCUCCCUUGGAAACCUGUGUUACACAAUGAGGUGUGCAGCCAGUAGGGGAGGUCUCUCCUAGGACCUAUUCUCAGUUGUCUUUCUUGGACAGCAUCAGUCCACCUUCCUGGAGUGCUAAGUGUUGUUAAGCAAAAAUAGCAAAAGGAGUAAUGAGUGGUUCAGGAAGCAGCCUGCAGCAUGAGGUGCUAAUAAACCAUGAGCUGCUCUGCUCUGCCUACUGCUCCAGACAAACUUUAGUUAACCCCUUUAUGAAGCUUUCUUUGCUUUGUUAAGAAAUAAUCUGGGAUUUCCUUUCCUGAUCACUCAGUUUUACCCUUCUCCAGGGCUUGUCAGCCAUCACAGAGACAGCUGGAGAGAAGUCAGAGCCCUCCUGUGACCUCUCUCCCUCUUCUUUCUUUUUAAAGUUUCUCUUAAUGAAACCUAAAGCAGAGCGGCGAGGCAGGGAUUAGUGAGCAUCUGCUGUCAUCCUCCCUGAAAACAGUGCCACGUGUUCCCAGCCUCGGGGAGCAGGAGCGAGGGCAGCAUUGGAGUGCUCAUGGAGAGGGUGGGAGAUGACCUGUUCUCUGAAUAGGUUCUCUGAACUCUGCCCUAAAGAUUACAGCUGAAUAUCAGGGCAAGUGUGAACGGCUGGAUAAUCGGCUUGCUGUGGCUGUCCAAGCUUUCAGCAGUUCACAGGGAGCUUUGCCUGUGGCCGAGUUACCAGCCAGCCACAGGCUAUUCAAUCAAAAGAUGUGUGAGCACUCCAUCCUUUGGGUUGUUUGAAGGUGGUGUCUUACACCUAGCCAGGCCAUGUCUUACAUCUAGCCUGCUGGAAAUGCUCUUGGCUGCAGCCUGAUGAUGCACACGGGUUGUGCUGCUGCUAAAACUGCCUCUGCAGAGCCUGCCUUUGCUGCCCUCAUCUCUGUCUCACUUCCAGAAUAGGAGCUAUGCACAGUCAUUCUUCUUGUUUUAAUACCUUGUGUUACUAGUGGUAACUUGUGUUACUAGUGGAGGAAAAUAAUGAAUGGAUAUGCAUAAAAUUGAUUUACUUCAUAACUAUUCUUCCUCAAGGUAUUUAGCCAAUAAACAUACCUUUUAUAGAAAGAGCUUUAUACUUUGGCUUCUAAGCAGAUGCAGCAUUGCUGAGUUCCUGGGAUCCCAGGAUCAUAAAAAUUACAGAGUGGAGCAGUGUGAAGAACCAGCAGGAUCCUGUGCUGCUCCUCUCCUGCAGCCCAGUGAGGACUGUGCUCCUCCUGCAGUGCACUCUCUCUGAAGCUCAUUUUGCAUCUUUUAUUGCUGAAUUUCCUGACUGCCCCCCCAGCCUCUUUCAUUAGUUUCACCUGCUCUUGGGUGCGAUGUUCCACGUUUUCACCCAGGGCAGACUGAACACGAGCAAGGCACUUUCUGUGUGCAGGGUAGCAGAGAGAGCAGCCUGGUGUGGUGUGGUCUGCUUGGAGAUCCUCAAUUAAGUGGUCCUGCUGCUGUAGGCAUGGUACUGCAGGUGCAGACAUUUGAGGCACAGGGCAUCUUGAUGCUCAGUGCACAAAGUUUUUGGCUUCACUCUGCCAUUUUUUUGUCAGCCCAUUCAUUCUGCUCCUUGAAAGCUUGAAUUGCUUCUCCCUACACUUUUCUCCAUCUGCCAGAAGGAUCUGUUCCAGAGUAACCCAGCAGUAGCUGUGUUCCCGGCUGCUCUAGACCCCUAGUCCCGAUGGUCUGAAGUCUCCAUUUUGGCUCUGACAUUGAGUUGCAUCUUGGCUAUGCGCUGCUAGUUGCUAUUGCACCCUUUGGGAUGCGUUGCUGGUUAAUAUUCCAGUGGCAGCAUUCCCUUAAAGCCAACCCCAAGGCGGCCGUAACCAGUGGGAUUUUUCUUGAUUGGUGCACGCAGUGUCCACUGAGCUCUCCCCUCCCAAGCAGGAAGCGACAAAGUCAGCCUGUUGCUGAAUUGAAUAGAAGGAAGUCUGCACACUUACGCAAAAAAAAUUGGCAGAAGUUGGAUCGCGAACGAAACAACAAGUGCUGCUGCAGAGAUUAGAGAAAUUGCAGGAGCUGGUCGCUGUCUCUGGGGGAGAUUUACACAGCUUUCUGCGCAGGAUUAAUUCUUCCAAGCCAUUACUUUGCGGGUGGGCGCACCUCCGAUCAGCACCCCACGCCGCUCUGACUCCGCUAUCUCCGUCCGUUCAUUGCACUCUGAGUCCAACAUGUCCUUGCGCUCAACGUUCUCACUCCAUGAGGAAGAGGAGGAGCCAGAGCCACUGGUGUUUGCUGAACAGCCGUCCGUGAAGCUGUGCUGCCAACUGUGCUGUAGUGUGUUUAAGGAUCCGGUCAUCACAACCUGUGGGCACACGUUUUGUAGAAGAUGUGCCUUAACAUCUGAGAAGUGCCCUGUGGACAACGCCAAGCUGACUGUGGUGGUGAACAACAUUGCAGUGGCUGAGCAGAUUGGGGAGCUCUUCAUUCACUGCAAGUAUGGCUGCCGGCCUGCAGCCAGCAGUAAGCCUGCUGCCUUUGAGGUGGACCCCCGCGGAUGCCCGUUUACAAUUAAACUGAGCGUCAGGAAAGAUCAUGAAAGCAGCUGUGAUUACAGGCCAGUUCGUUGCCCCAAUAACCCCAGCUGCCCACCUCUCCUGAAAAUGAACCUGGAGGCACAUCUGAAAGAGUGCGAACACAUCAAGUGUCCCCAUUCCAAGUAUGGGUGUACAUUCAUAGGAAAUCAAGACACCUAUGAGACCCACUUGGAGAUGUGCAAGUUUGAGGGUCUGAAGGAGUUUCUGCAGCAGACAGAUGAUCGAUUCCAUGAGAUGCAGGUGGCAAUGGCCCAGAAGGACCAGGAAAUUGCCUUCCUGCGCUCCAUGCUAGGGAAGCUCUCGGAGAAGAUUGACCAGCUGGAGAAGAAUCUGGAACUCAAGUUUGAUGUGCUGGAUGAGAACCAGAGCAAGCUGAGCGAGGACCUGAUGGAGUUCCGCAGGGAUGCCUCCAUGCUGAAUGAUGAGCUCUCCCACAUUAAUGCUCGACUCAACAUGGGCAUCCUUGGAUCCUAUGAUCCUCAGCAGAUCUUCAAGUGCAAGGGGACCUUUGUGGGGCACCAGGGCCCCGUCUGGUGUCUGUGUGUUUAUUCCAUAGGAGAUUUGCUCUUCAGCGGCUCUUCAGACAAAACCAUUAAGGUGUGGGAUACCUGUACCACAUACAAGUGCCAAAAGACCCUGGAAGGUCACGAUGGAAUUGUACUGGCUCUCUGUAUCCAGGGGAACAAGCUAUACAGUGGCUCUGCUGACUGCACCAUUAUUGUCUGGGAUAUCCAAAAUCUGCAGAAAGUGAACACGAUCCGAGCGCAUGACAAUCCUGUUUGCACUUUGGUCUCCUCGCACAACAUGCUGUUCAGCGGCUCCCUCAAAGCCAUCAAGGUCUGGGAUAUCGUGGGUACCGAGCUCAAACUGAAGAAAGAACUGACAGGUCUCAAUCACUGGGUGCGAGCAUUGGUGGCUUCUCAAAACUAUCUGUACAGCGGAUCAUACCAAACCAUCAAGAUUUGGGACAUCCGAAACUUGGAGUGUGUGCAUGUGCUGCAGACAUCGGGAGGCAGUGUCUACUCCAUUGCUGUUACAAACCACCACAUCGUGUGUGGCACCUACGAGAACCUCAUCCAUGUCUGGGACAUAGAGACCAAGGAACAAGUCCGCACACUGACUGGUCACGUGGGUACAGUUUAUGCCCUUGCUGUCAUCUCCACACCAGAUCAAACCAAAGUCUUCAGUGCAUCGUAUGACCGGUCUCUCAGGGUGUGGAGCAUGGACAACAUGAUCUGUACUCAGACACUGCUGCGGCACCAGGGCAGUGUCACUGCCCUUGCAGUCUCCAGGGGCCGCCUCUUCUCUGGCGCUGUGGACAGCACUGUAAAGGUCUGGACGUGCUAGCGAGAGCCGCCCUAGUUCUACACACUGAAAGACCAAAAAUGCCUCCCUCCGUCAGCCUGCUGGGUGAUGCCUCCGCUCCGAAGAACUGCUGCAGCUCCUCUCUGCACCGAGCACUGCCCGCUGCUGCCUGUCAGCUGCGGUUCUCCCCCUUGCAAGGACCCUGGGGGGCAGCUCUCAGGAUAGAUCUGGCCCACGGGUGCUCCAGUUGUUCCCUCGGAUCUGCCACGUGGGAAUGCAGAAGAGCUGCAUGGUGCCCUCACCGCAGUGUGCAGGUCAUAUUGGCCAGCACCGGGACCCAGUGGUUCGGGUGGGUGCAGGUGGGGGCUGGGAGGUGGUCCCAUGUAAAUGGUAGAGCUGAGCAUUAGGCCGUGCCCUGGGUUAGGUCCCUAAGCCCUUUCUCUCUCUAGUAUUUAAUUUUACUGCCAAGAUGUCAGGCUGAUCCAUGUGGGAAGAGGUGUUUUCUUGAGUAGCCAGGUACGAUUUUUACGCCACAGCUAGUUCUCAAAUAACACGAGCCCAUUGUUCACCACCCUGUAAUAAUGGUUUCCACAUUAAAGAGAAAAAGCCUCUGUUGCAUUUUUACUCACAUUUUCUACUGUUUUUAAGAUUGUAAUAUAGAUUUGAUUAUUUCUUCAUUGACAAUAAAAGUGGAAAGAGUU